AAAGUCUCAGCUUCCUGCUAGUCGCGUGGCCGCGAGCUGAUGACCGGAAGGACCUGCAUGAUUUCUUCCUACUGCUGUCAUGGCUGAAAACACAGACAGAAACCAGAUUGAGAAACUUUUAAACAGAGUAAAGGAACUGGAGCAGGAAGUGAAAAGACUUAAGAAAGAACAGGCCAAUAGUAUCAAAGACUCAAACAUCAGAGAAAAUCCUUUAGGCUCUGGAAAAGCUAAGCGUGCAUUUGAUUUCAGUGCUCAUGGCCGAAGACAUGUAGCUCUAAAAAUAGCCUACCUAGGCUGGGGUUACCAGGGCUUUGCCAGUCAGGAAAACACAAGCAAUACCAUUGAAGAGAAACUGUUUGAGGCUUUAACCAAGACCCGACUGGUAGAAAGCAGACAGACAUCCAACUAUCACCGGUGUGGUCGAACAGACAAAGGAGUUAGUGCCUUUGGUCAGGUGAUUUCUCUGGACCUACGUUCUCAGUUUCCAAGGGGCAGGGAUUCAGAUGAUUCUAACUUAAAAGAUGAAGCUGAUGAUGUUGCUAAAGAGAUCCGUUAUACCCACAUUCUCAAUCGGGUGCUCCCUGCAGAUAUCCGAAUAUUGGCCUGGGCCCCUGUAGAGCCUAGCUUCAGUGCUAGGUUUAGCUGCCUUGAGCGGACUUACCGCUAUUUUUUCCCUCGUGCUGAUUUAGAUAUUGUAACUAUGAAUUCUGCAGCUCAGAAGUAUGUUGGCACUCAUGAUUUCAGAAACUUGUGUAAAAUGGAUGUGGCCAAUGGAGUGAUUAAUUUUCAGAGGACUAUUCUGUCUGCACAAGUACAACUAGUGGCUCAGACUCUGGGUGAGGAGAGAAGGCAAGAACCUUUCCAGUUAUGUCAAUUUGAAGUGAUUGGCCAGGCAUUCCUGUAUCAUCAAGUUCGGUGUAUGAUGGCUAUCCUCUUCCUGAUUGGCCAAGGAAUGGAAAAGCCAGAGAUUAUUGAUGAAUUGUUAAACAUAGAGAAAAAUCCUGAGAAACCUCAAUAUAGCAUGGCUGUUGAAUUUCCUCUAGUUUUGUAUGACUGCAAAUUUGAAAAUACCAAAUGGAUUUAUGAUCACGAGGUUCAGGAAUUCAAUGUUACCCACCUACAACAGUUAUGGGCUAAUCAUGCUGUUAAAACCCACAUGCUAUAUAGCAUGCUACAGGGACUAGAUUCUGUCAUGAUAACAUGUGGGGCAGGAACAAAGACGGAUGAAGUAACAGAAUGGAGAAACAUUAAGUCCUCUGUCAUAAAGCAAGCUAGUGCCUUUGUAGAAGGAGUGAGAAUGCGCACAUAUAAGCCCCUCAUGGAUCGCCCUAAAUGUCAAGGACUGGAAUCCCGGAUCCAGCAUUUUGUACGUAGAGGACGCAUUGAGCACCCACAUAUACUCCACAAGGAAGAAACAAAGACCAAAAGGGACUGUGCUGACACAGAAGAAGAAAAUAAUGUUUCAGAGACUCCAACAAAGAGGGUCUGUAUAAUAGAUGCAGAAGUUAACACUACUGUAUAGGCCCAGCAAGCUAGGCUCUCUACCAGGACAAGAAGCAACAACCAGCUAAAAUUCUAAAGACUGGCUCAUAAAAAAAGACCUAACAAGUCUUAAACAGUAAAGGGUCUAAAUAUUCUCUAAUUCCUGUCCAAAAGAAUUAUGAAAUGAAAAAGCAAAAAGCACUUGUUAGCUAUACCCCUGGAAAUCUGUGCCUUGAAUUUAAAUUCAUUAAAGCCUGAUACUACAAAUAA